CUGUCUAUAUCAUUAAGAUGUCGAAACGUUCAAAGAAGCCCAUUUGGCUGCUUUUCAAGAUAUGGGAGCUAUUGAUAAUCUCGAUUAACUGCUAUGUCCACGUGAACUGUUUUCAUUGGGAAGGAGUACCGCAUAUCUUUAUACUAUGUGCCACCUAUGGCGGUGGUUUUAUUAUUGGAUUUCUUAACUUAAUUGGAAUGUAUUUUACUGACCGUCUACCUGUUAAAUUGGAGGCCUUAAUCAGCGGAAUAAUCGGUUUCAUGUGUCUGAUUACCGUCUACGCAAAUAUGUAUGUGGCGCAACAUGACAAGCUCUUGGCAUUCCUUAAGGAUCGCGAGGAGAGGAACUAUGGCUUUUUAAAAUGCUGUCGGAACAAUGGGAUUAUAUCUCUUUGGGCUGCUGCUAUCCAUUUCAUGCAUUGCUCCUUUGCAUUGGACAUGUUGGUGACGCAUUCGCCAUCGAUGAUUGCAACUCUAUCGGAUGGAUCUCAGAUUGCUCUGCAGUCGCAGCGCAGUAAACGUCCGCUAAAAUUAUAUUUCAUAAGCCAGAGUGUGGAAACGUAUCUUAUGAAUUUUCGCUUGUUUCAAUUGAUAUUUUCAUCCAACGUUUUAACUAGUGAUCGUCAGGGUUCGAUGUAUGCAUACAGCGAAUACGAUUACAGCGAAAUAAGCGUAUUAGGCCAAUCGCCUUCUGAGACCAUCUUAUUGUAAAAUUAUAUUUGUGAUUUAGAUUGCGCGCCUAACUUCUUUGGUUCUCCAAUGUCGAUAUAUUGGGGCGGUCGGGCGAUACCUAUUGCCUGAAAUAGUUAAUUGGCUGGCAAUCGAUAACAAAAUUAAAUCAGCUGUCUUG